AGGGUGAAGGACCAUAUACAAGAAACUGGAGGUUUGGGAUCUGCAAAGAAGACAUUUAACAUCUCUGUUAGUGGAGAUGUGGACGGUUUGAUUACCCAGGCUUUGCUGACGGGUAACUUUGAGAGCGCAGUAGAUCUCUGCUUGCAGGAUAACCGCAUGGCUGACGCCAUUAUCUUGGCCAUCGCAGGCGGACAAGAGCUGCUUUCUAGGACACAGGAAAAGUACUUUGCUAAGAUGCAGAGCAAAAUUACCAGGCUCAUCACUGCAGUGGUAAUGAAGAACUGGAAAGAGAUUGUGCAGUCUUGUGAUCUGCAGAAUUGGAGAGAGGCUUUGGCUGCUGUGCUCACUUACGCCAGGCCAGAUGAGUUUGCAGCCCUUUGCGAUCUCCUGGGUAACAGGCUGGAGAGUGAGGGCGACAGCCUUCUGCAGACACAGGCUUGUCUCUGUUACAUUUGUGCCGGCAACGUGGAAAAACUCGUUGCUUGUUGGACCAAAGCUCAGGAUGGAAACAGCCCCUUAUCUCUUCAGGAUUUAAUAGAGAAAGUUGUAAUCCUACGCAAAGCUGUGCAGCUCACCCAAGCUGUGGACCCUAAUGCCGUGGGGGCCCUUUUGGCCGAGAAGAUGAGCCAGUAUGCCAACCUCCUGGCUGCCCAAGGCAGCAUUGCUGCGGCUUUGACGUUUCUCCCUGCAAACACCAACCAGCCCAACAUCAUGCUGUUACGGGACAGGCUUUGUAAAGCCCAAGGGGAACUCCCAGUGGGACAGGAAGCCCACAAGGCACCAUAUGAGAGACAGCCCAUGCCCAAAGGACGAGCUGGCCCUGUGGCUGGACAGAUGCAAGGGCGCCAGGCUCCAGCCCAGCAGUAUUACCAACAGGGAGACAACCCACCUCCUCCAGGAUUUAUUGUGCCAGGUGCUGUUAACCCCAACAUGCCACCACAGCAAGCCACAUCUUCCAAUUACAGCAUGUUCUCACAAGCAGGGGCCCGGCCGACAUACCUGCAGACAUAUCAGGCCACACAGCAGUACUCCUGUGGAACAGGGGGACCAGCUCUCUAUCAGCCUCAGCAGCCUGUCGCUGUCCCUGCUUCAGCCUCUUACCCAAACCCUGUCCCUAACACCACCCCUCCCUAUCUGCCCUCUGCGCCUGCCCACUCCGUGCCCUCCCCGCUGUACCCCGGGCAGCCUCAACCCUCCCCAACAAGCCUGAAUCCCAUCUCUUCCUUCCCUCUUCCUCCUUCUGGCGCAUCUUUUCAGCAUGGCAGGCCAGGACCUCCAGCAACUUCUGUGGCUUAUGCAUUACCCACUGGACCAACAGGUACUCUGCCUGCAACCAGUGACCUUCCUGCAUCCCAGAGAACAGGGCCUCAGAACGGCUGGAACGACCCUCCCGCCCUGAACAGAGCUGCCAAGAAGAAGAAGGUCCCUGAUAACUUCCUACCCCCGGUUCCUAUCACCUCCCCCAUCAUGAACCCGCUGGCAGAUCCACAGUCUCAGAUGCAGCAGCCUCUGGCUCCAGCACCACCCACGGGUGCACCCAGCUUCCAGCCUCCGCAUCUCCCCGCAGGGCAGCCAGUGUUGCAGGGUGGCUACCCGCCUGCUCCCCAGCCCAUGGGGCCGUGCAUCAUACCACCCGCUGUUUCCAAACCCAGCACGGAGGGGGCCCCUGGGGCCCCAAUCGGCAAUGCCAUCCAGGCACUGCCAACAGAGAAGAUUACCAAGAAGCCUAUCCCUGAGGAGCACCUUAUUCUGAAGACUACGUUUGAAGCUCUUAUCCAGAGGUGCCUGCUGUCUGCCUCCGAUCCGCAAACCAAGAGGAAACUAGAUGAUGCAAAUAAACGCCUGGAGUUUCUAUACGACAAACUUCGGGAACAGACACUCUCACCAGCCAUCGUUAGCGGUUUGCACAACAUUGUGAAGAGCAUCGAAACCCGCAACUACCAGGAAGGACUGAACAUCCACACGCACAUAGUCAGCACCAGCAACUUUAGUGAGACCUCUGCUUUCAUGCCUGUUUUGAAAGUUGUCCUCACCCAGGCCAAUAAGCUGGGUGUCUGAAGUAACCCUGCAUUUGCAAAGCCUUGACGGUUGCUUUUCCAAAGAAGUGCAUUUCUACAGCGAACGUGCAGGAAACGGACCAAACGCUCGUCCUUAUGACAUGUUGCGGUAGAGCGCUGACAACUGGCAUUACACUCUCCCUGCAAAGUACUUCAUUCUAGGAGGGCCGUGGAGCCCUGGUGCUUUUCUUUUUAUUUUAAUCCUUUUCCAUCCCUAAUGAUUCUUCUCUCCAAAUAGUAUAUUUAAUGGAUGAUGCCCCAUAUUGUCAAUUUUUAGAUGCAUGUUAUACUGCUAAACAGUGGCUUUUAAUAACGGAUAUGUGUUAAACCAACAAGGAUAGGUUGUAUAUCAGACCCUAAAACAGAUUAUUCCCUUCCACCCCACUGUUCCUUAUCCACCAGAUUAAAGAGUCUGAUCGUAUUAUAAGUGUUUGGUCUUUCAUUUUAUGAAGCUGCUUGCAGUUCUGUUAUUACAAUUUACAUGUUAAAUAGCUUAAUUUUGCACUGGGGCAAACGAGCAAAAUAAAGGCUAAUGUGAUAUCUUCAAUAAAUGUUAAUUUAUUAAA